UUUCCAUGUUAGAUUUAAUAUUUUGUAACAUAGUGUAGUUCUAAUUCUUAGUUGAAAAUGUCAUAAAAAAACAAUUAAUCUUGUUAGGUUUUGUUUAAGAUUUUAAUCUUGUAUAGGAUUUAAUUAGAACUUAAUCGUUAGUAUUUUCUAUAGUGUGCUUCCUUGUUAUUACUGAUUUGGUUGUUGAGAUGUGCAAGGUACUUCGAGAGAGCCUUUGAUUGCGAUUCGACUUACUCCGUGUUCCACUUUAUUUGUGGGACACGAAUUCGCUUUCGAUGCGACUUGAUUUGCAUCGUGUUCCACUUUAUUUGUGGGACACGAACUUAUUUCCGAUGUGAUUCACCUAAUCUCUCACUCGUUGAGAUGUAUAUUCUUGCGAUGUCUGUACUGAGUUUCUCUUGCAGGUUUAUUGCGUGGUUAUACUCGACGCGUACCACUUGUCGUGCGUGAUUUAUUUUCACGACGAUGCUUUCUGACUAUGCUUGAUGCUGGCUUACGCGAUAUUCCUGGAUUCUUUGCUUACGCUUGCUAGCUCAUUGCGGAUUUGCUAUCCGUUCGGUACCGCUCCUUGUCCCUUUUACUCUUUCGCGUACCAUAUCUUGCCAUGAGAAGUAGGGUAGGCAUGCAGCAUCAUAUUUGCCAUGAGAAGUAGGACCUAGGCAUUCAUCUGGCCAAGCCCUCGAAAGAGGCUCUGUUUUUGUUUGUUUAUUGUUUUCAGUUUAUUUCCAGGUAUUUUCUCGUUCAACCGUCUCGGAGGACUUUCCCCGUGGACGGUAGCUUCGGAGGACUUUCCCCGUUAGCUAGAACGUUUAUUUCCAGUCAUUUGUUUGUUCAGCCGUCUCGGAGGACUUUCCCCGUGGACGGUGGCUUCGGAGGACUUUCCCCGUUAGCUAGAACGUUUAUUUCCAGUUAUUGUCUUGUUCACCCGUCUCGGAGGACUUUCCCCGUGGACGGUGUUGCACCCCAAAAUUUGCCCUCUUUAUUUGAGCUAUAAGUUAAUAAUGACGUUUAUUUCGUCAUUCAAAAAUUGAAGAAAAAUAAUAAAGAGUUUUCAUGGGUUUAAGAAGAUAAGGUGUGAAGAAUGGUUUAAACGGUGGAAAUACGAGAAAAUUCAUAAGUCCUAUCUGGAAGAUGAUAUGAGCUGAGUUCCCGCGUGACCCCGAAUGUUUCGACGAUAUCUAUAACUUUUGUGUUCGGCUCAAAAGCCAAUUCUUUGAGGGAGGUUGUCAGAUUUAUAAAUUUAUGGAGAUUUCACAGUAAAAAAUGGUGCUGAACCGCAGGUUUUCGGACAAUAAAAAAUUCAUAUCUCACAAUCCGUUCGUCUGAUUCACUCGAAAAUUUAACUGGAGCUCCAUACCAUCAUUACCAAGAUUUCAUAUGUUCGGACCGAAGGCCAAUUAUGCACGGAAAAUUCCCAGAAUUUUAAGGAUCGUCGUGUUGUUUCGGUAAAAAGUGUGUUUUCGAGUAUGUCGCGCCGAGUUCGAAAAUUCAUAACUCCCUCGAUUUUUAUCGUAUGAAGUCCAUUCCGGAGGAAUUCUCUCGGAAAUUUCAUUAGCUUCGAUUCUUCGUCACACGUGCUUGUUCAGGUUUUGAGCCGAGGAUGGGGUUUUAUCUGCACAGUCGUACCAAAUGAAUCGGCGUUUCUCGUCAUUCAAACGGGCGUAUUUUCUUCAUCGCUUAUCGGAUUGAGGUGAUUCUCGCGGCGACGAGUCAAUAAUUUGGUCAUCUUCACAGUGGCAUUGGUUUCGUUCCGGAAUUUAGAGCCGAACCGAAUUUCCUUAAAAACGAGCCAAAAUAAGACGCACCGAGGGCAAUUCGGACAUUUCGCGUUGACAAUAUAUAAACAUUUUUCUCUUCACAAAUCAAAGGGGGACUCUGAUAACUUCCAUUCACCCAAAAAUCCAAAAAACUCUAUUCUUAAUUUUUCUCUCAAUUCUCCAAAAUCAAAACUCACAAAAAUUAUCCAAACUCAUCAAUUGUCAUAAUGAAUCUCAUGAGAACUCAAGAACAUUGAAGAUCACGAAGGAUCAAUACUCUAUCUCUUUCUCUUGCGAUCUCUCUCACUCGUGAUAGUCCUCCGCGAAGAGCCUUCCGUCGCCGCUGCAAGACCACCGCUCGCUGCCUCUCUUUGUCACCAAUUCGUCGGCAACUUUGCUUCUCCAAUCGCAAAUUCCAGCCGCGGAUAGUCUCCUUCAGUCAUCUUUAAUUUCACUUCGCUCGCUCGCGGGAUCCUAGUUUACUUGCUCUUUUCGCUUUAGUUUACGGAUCAUCAUCCGUUUGGGACAUUCAGGAGUUCAUUCGAGCUAAAGAUGGACACUCCCAUUGAUACCGUCAAGGAAGCAAAGAGACAUAUGCACACCUACAGCUUCUUCCGAGAGCCGUUGACCACCUUAGAGGGUUUGAGUUCAUUAAUGACUGCUUUUUGCUUGAAGAAUUUCAUAGACAAUUAUGGGAAUAUUUUGACUUUGUUGGAAACCGUGGUUGAUACUCCUGCUUUUCAAACUUUGAUGCAAUUGUAUGAUCCUGAAAUGAGGUGUUUCACGUUCCAGGAUUACCAGUUGGCUCCGACAUUGGAAGAGUACUCUAUUAUUCUUAAUCUCAAGGUAAAAAACGAAGUGCCAUUCAUCGACAUUCCUAAAGAGGUGAAUUUCAAGUUGAUUGCUGGUGCUCUUUAUCUGAGCAUAAAAGAAGUAUCUGAUAAUUGGAAGUCGAAUGGAGGUGUCUCAGGGUUCUCUUUGAAAUUCUUAGUGAGAAAAGCUAAAGAGGAAUUUGAGAAAAAGAAUUGGAAUGCGUACAAUGCCUUACUCGCUGUGGCCAUUUAUGGGAUUGUGAUGUUCCCGAAUGUUCCCAAUUUUGUAGACUCGGCUGCAGUGCACAUCUUCAUGGGAAAGAAUCCUGUUCCUACAUUGUUGGCCGAUACUUAUUAUGCCGUUCAUUCCCGAUUUGAGAAAAGUGGUGGUGCCAUCACUUGUUGCCUUCAGUUGUUGUUCAUCUGGUUCCUCUCUUUGUUGCCCAGCAAAGGACCUUUUGUGAAGACAAGAGAUACACUCAAGUGGACUCACAUGAUUAUGUCACUUACUUCUUACGAUAUUCAGUGGCAAAGGUGCCGAAUCAACGUUUCUGAGGUGAUAAUUGGAUGCGGUGAGUUCGACAAUGUUCCCUUGAUUGGUACUAGAGGUUGCAUCAAUUACAAUCCCGUGGUAUCCUUGCGUCAGUUGGGGUAUACUUUGAAGGACAAACCGGCGGAUCAUUUGAUAGCGGAGACGGUCUAUUUUGAGAAGGGGUCGGAUCCAGAGAAAUUGGAGAGGAUAAUUGUGGCUUGGAAGAAGAUCCGUAAGCAUUAUGGAGCCCAUUUAGGGAAGAAAGAAUCGCUUGCUCUGACACUGUAUGUUAAGUGGAUUGAAAAGCGAGUCGAAAGUUUGUUGCUGCCAUACGACAGAGUUGCACCACUUCAAAAGCAACCUCCUUUGAUUUUAUCUGAGUUUGUGCCGACGGAACUUUAUAAGAAUGCUUUGGCUACUAACUACAGGUUGCACGAAAGAGAGCAAGAGACCAAUUUGAAGUUCUUUGAAGAGAGAGACGCAAAGAUGAGGUUGAUGCACCAGCUCAAGCAAGUCGAAGGCGCAAGUUCAAGUCAAGCCAGUACCCGGAGGCGUCCCUACGAGUUGCUAGAGGAAGAUUUGCAUCGCAAGCAGCAGGAGUGUUUACAGUUACAGUGAUCAGAGAAUAGUCUCAAGAGGCAGAAGAGGGAUUUAGAUAAACAGAUAGCGGAAGAGAAGGCUAAGUCUGCUCGACUUGAAGAAGAAUUGACAAGACUCCGAGCCCAGCGGAGAGGAGAUGGAGGAGCUCAUUCUGUUACCAGGCGAUCCUAGUGUCGCUGUGGAGUGGAUUUGUUUGAUCUAUGAUGGUUGAUUUGAUGUUUAUGCUUGAUAUUUAUUGCCCAUGUCCAGGAUUGUUGGAUGGGGUCGCAUUAUGGAUGUUCUGGAUUUCUUUUGUAUGCCUUAUGAGCACAUUGUAACACGGUUAUGUGUUUUAUUUGUAUGAACUCAAAUUCUCAGUUAUGUUUGAAUGAAGUAUGCUC